UGCCCGUCCAACGGUCGACUGACUCAGACUCUCGAUUUCUGCAGUCCACCCUCGUCACGUCGUAUCCUUUUCCUUCCUUCUUCCUCUGCUUCUUCUUCGUUUCGCAUCCUCAAAUCUCUCACUGAAACUGAGAAAGGAAGGAGAAUGGUGGCUGCUAAGCCCAAGAUGUCCUAUGAGGAAUGCCGUCGCAAGAGGCUGGAGGAGAACAAGAAGCGAAUGGAGGCUCUCAAUCUCCCCCAGCUCUCUCAGUCUCUCCGAAACUCCUCCUCUCCCAACUCCACCCCCAUGAAGCAGUCCAAGCCACGCACGGUAGAGAAGCAGAUGGUGGUGGUGAGGAGGUCCAGUCGCGUUGCCAGCAUGCCCGCUCCUGUUUACAGAGAGGUGGUGGUUGAUCGGGUGGCAGUGCCCAGAAGGAUUUAUAAGAGGAGGGAUCCUUUCAACCUGGUGUAUGCCUCUGCUGAGGCCAGGGAAUAUGCAAUAGAGAAGGCAGAGCAAUUGCAGUCCACUCUAGAUCCUCACUAUCCCACCUUAGUCAAACCCAUGCUCCCAUCUCAUGUCUCUGGUGGUUUUUGGCUGGGCCUUCCUGUCCACUUUUGCAAGACGAGCCUUCCUAAGAGUGACGGGGUCAUGACGUUGGUCGAUGAAGAUGGCGAAGAAUUCCCAACAAUAUAUUUAGCGCGGAAGUCGGGACUCAGCGGAGGAUGGAAAGGGUUCUCCGUAGCUCAUGAGCUAACUGAUGGAGAUGCCGUAGUUUUCCAGUUAAUUAAACCGACCACAAUGAAGGUUUACAUCGUACGCGUGAAUGGCUUCGACAAGAGUGAGGAGCCAUAAGUAGAUUAGUAACAUGGUUUCAGAUUUUGGAUAUAAUCAUGGCAGGUUGCACGUUGCAUUGAAAGGUCAUCCUGCUAUGAAAUUUUGCCGUUGGCUUGGGUCCUGAUGUGGUCACAGGAGGCAAAAUGUAACUUAAUCUCUAGAGAUAGAGAUACCAUACUAAUCGAUCAAAUUAGCUAGUGAAUUUAUUGUGCUGUAGGUCUGUUUUUGGCUUGUAAUUGAGCAUACUAUUGCUUUACUUGCCAAUUGUCUAGUGUAGAGUCAUGGGGUUCAGCA